AAACCAUGAAUCGUGAUAGCACGUAUCUCGACCUACCACUUUUAUAAUAUCAUCGAGCACUUGCAUUAUUAUUUCUAACAAACUUUACACACACCCCGUCAAAACUUCAUGCAAAAAUGUCAACACAAUAUGAUUCAAUCGGUGCCAAAUAUGACUCUCUCAAUGUCAUGCCAAUUCAACAGAUACAGCAUGUAGAUAUGAAAAGACUUAUUGGCUCUUUCGAUUCUCCCAAACGAGUCCUCGAGCUUGCAUGCGGUACCGGUUUCUAUGCACGCCAGAUGGUAUCCUGGGGCGCUUCUCACGUAACGGCAUUAGAUAUCUCCCCGGCUAUGAUAUCCACUGCCCAAAAGUCUCUUCCAGCCGAGAUGAAAGAUCGUGUCACUUUCUGUGUUGGGGAUUGUGCUCGACCAGAUAUUUGGGAUAGUGGCGAACUCAAAACUCAAAAAGGAACUUUUGAUUUGGUCGUUGCGGCAUGGCUGUUGAAUUAUGCACCUUCGGGGGCAGAGAUGCAACGGAUGUUUGAAAAUAUUUAUGCCGCAUUAAAGCCUGGAGGAAAAUUUGUCGGACUCACUGUUCACGCUGCAAUCAUCGAUAAGUUUCAACCGGACGAUCCGCUCAAUGAGAACGAGAAACAUCUCGGUACUGUCUAUGAGGUUCUUGGGAAAGUUGAUGAUGGGUAUAGAACUUGUUGCCAUGCUUUCACUGAGCCGGAAAUUAAGUGGGAAUUCUAUUUCUUGCGAGAGGAUGUGUACUCCAAAGCAGCACUUGGGGCAGGAAUGGGUGAGCUCGAAUGGAAUGUGGUAUUACCAGGGGAAGAACAAGUGGAAAAACUGGUAAGCUUACUCUCUGAUCAAAUGUUCUUUUGACUAAUAAAUGGAUUGAAGGGCAAGGAAUACUGGCAGUCAUAUUUGGAUCGACCAAAAGCUGCUAUCUGCAUCUCGAGGAAGCCAGAUCGUGAAUGAUGUGAAUCUGAAUUUUCGACCGCCAGGUCUAAGUAUGAUAGACAUUUGGGUUUAUCAAAAUAUGGACAAUCAAUAAUCCCUUGGAAGGUUCCAGCUUUUUGGAGACUAGUUCGGAAAGUAAUAAUGGUACCAAUAUCAAAGUCAACGUUAGUUCAAUGAUGUAUUGUAGCCAUGUGAUAAUCUAUAAUUCCAA